GGAGCCAGGAAGCCAAUGGCCGGGAUUUACCCUCCCGGAUCCAAAAUGGCGGCGCCGGAGCCUGGCCGCGGGGCCUCCGGAGGGAGGAGGUGAAGCGGCCUCGGCCCGCGGCUCCGGGACCUGCCGCCCCUGCUCGUCCCCCCGGAGCCGGCCGGGGCCCGGCCCCAGCCUCAGCCAUGGCCGCUGAGAGCAGCAAGCAGUUCUGGAAGCGGAGCGCUAAGCUGCCGGGGAGUAUUCAACCUGUCUACGGAGCCCAGCAUCCUCCUCUGGAUCCCCGGCUCACCAAAACCUUCAUUAAGGAACGUUCCAAGGGCAAUACGCUGCCCCUGAAGAAUAAGAAGGCCUCUAGCUUUCACGAGUUUGCACGCAACACCAGUGAUGCCUGGGACAUCGGCGAUGAUGAAGACGAAGACUUCUCCUCCUCUUUCCAAACCCUGAACUCUAAAGUGGCCAAGGCCACAGCAGCCCAGGUGCUGGAGAACCACAGCAAGCUGCGCGUGAAACCUGAGCGGGCCCAGUCUGCUCUCAGUGAGACGCCAACCAACUGCAAGGUCAUCAAGUCCAGCAGCGAGGCCCAGCUGUCCAGAUCACCUGAGGAUGCCUGCGUGCGGAACGCCCUGCACAAACAGCAGUCCCUCCCACUCAGACCCAUCAUUCCACUCGUCGCCCGCAUCUCCGACCAGAACGCAUCGGGGGCUCCCCCAAUGACCGUGCGGGAGAAAACGCGCCUGGAGAAGUUCCGGCAGCUCCUUUCCAGUCACAACACAGACCUGGAUGAGCUGAGGAAAUGCAGCUGGCCUGGCGUGCCCAGAGAGGUCCGGCCCGUGACGUGGCGACUCCUGUCGGGCUAUCUCCCUGCGAACAAGGAGCGGAGGAAGCUGACCUUACAGCGCAAGCGGGAGGAAUAUUUUGGCUUCAUCGAGCAGUAUUACGAUUCCAGGAAUGAAGAGCAUCAUCAGGACACCUACCGGCAGAUCCACAUCGACAUUCCCAGGACAAACCCUCUCAUCCCGCUCUUCCAGCAGCCGCUAGUCCAGGAGAUCUUUGAAAGAAUCCUGUUUAUCUGGGCCAUCCGACACCCAGCCAGUGGCUACGUCCAGGGGAUUAAUGACCUGGUCACUCCAUUCUUUGUCGUGUUCCUCUCCGAACAUGUUGAAGAGGAUGUGGAGAACUUUGACGUGACGACCCUGUCUCAGGAUGUGUUGCGGAGCAUCGAAGCCGACAGCUUCUGGUGUAUGAGCAAACUACUGGAUGGCAUACAGGAUAACUACACCUUUGCACAGCCAGGGAUCCAGAAGAAGGUCAAAGCACUGGAGGAGCUAGUCAGCCGGAUCGAUGAGCAGGUACACAAUCACUUUAGGAAGUAUGAGGUCGAAUACCUGCAGUUUGCCUUUCGCUGGAUGAACAAUCUGCUGAUGAGGGAGCUCCCCCUGCGCUGCACCAUCCGCCUGUGGGACACCUACCAGUCGGAGCCGGAAGGAUUCUCCCAUUUCCACCUGUACGUCUGUGCCGCCUUCCUGAUCAAGUGGCGGAAAGAGAUCUUGGAUGAGGAGGACUUCCAGGGUCUUCUAAUGUUGUUACAAAACCUACCCACAAUACACUGGGGCAACGAAGAGAUUGGACUCCUCCUUGCUGAAGCCUACAGACUCAAGUACAUGUUUGCAGAUGCCCCCAAUCACUAUCGCCGAUAGGUGCCAGGACUCGGUCUCCCCACCCCGGCCUGAUCUAAUCACUGUGGCAUUUCAUCCUCGAAGUCCUCGGACACGCUGGCCAGGAGCCACUCCUAGCUGUACAAAGCUCACAUCGACUUUUGUCUUAACUCUUAUGUGUGCCUGCCUGCCACUCCAUGUGUGGAUGUGCCACUCAAACGACCAUCAGUAUUCCAUGCCGUUCUGGUGGCCCGAGUCUGGGGGGAAAGGAGGCAGAGAGUGGCAGCUUCUGUGGCUUUAAGUAUAAACUGAGCCAAGGAUUGAGCCUCUGGAUGUCCCCGCAGGCCUGGCCUGGCUGUCACCAGCCAUCUUAGCCUUGCUGCCUCUUGUUAACCCAUCCAGGCACAGACGCGCGCACACACUCCCAGCUGGGUCCAUUUUCCCUUCAGACACAGUUUGAUCCAACUCCCAGACGAAAAUGCCUUACCAGAGACCUGCCCGGGUGGAACCCUUUCUGAGGGCGGCAGUGCUGUAGGAUGCAAAAAGCUCUCAGGGCCUAGCUUCACUCCAAGUGUCUGAAGAAACGCAGCACUUCAAAGGUAACAGGAGAUAUGCUCGCGCCCUCUCUCUCUUCCUCUCAUGCAGCACAUGGGUGCACACAUGUUGUGGGGGGUGCACGUGUGUGAGGGAGGCUGGCCCAUCCAUGCACUGUCCUGAGUGACACAUGUCCACUGGACAAGACUCCUCCUGUGACUGAUCUGACCUGCUGUGCGCACAGCCCCCCACCCCACCCCCCAGCAGGGCUGGCACGGGGGGAGCCGUGCCUCUUGAAAUCCUCUUUCCAUGACGACACUCCUCUUCCUCCAAGGCAUAUGUGUAUAUUGUGGUCUUGUGUAUAUGGGUAAGAGAUGUACAAUAUACGUCUUCUGUUUGUAGCA